UAAACAAAACCGAGCUGACAUGUUUUGAUUCAUGCUCUGAGCUGAUUAGAUCUCAAGCUCCGUCGCCGGAGAGAGAGUAAUAGGCUCUGAAACGACCUUCAGUUAUGCCGACACUAGCCUCAUUGCCUCCUCGGGUCCGCGUCUUCUUCCCCUCCUUCUUCAUCCCCUGCCUCGUCUUCCUCUGCUUUCUCCCCCACGUUGCAGAGUCUCAGAUCCAGGAACAAGAGCAGCAGGUCCUGCUGAGGCUGAAGCAAUCCUGGCACGACCCAUCUUCCCUCGCCCACUGGGUCGCCUCCAAUUCGUCCUCCCACUGCGCGUGGCCCGAGAUCGCAUGCCAGGGAGGCUCGGUCACCGAGCUCAAUCUUGCCUACCUGAACAUAAAUUACUCGAUCCCCGCGUUCAUCUGCGACCUCAAGAAUCUCACCAAGCUCGACGUCUCCAACAACAAUAUCCUUGGAGAGUUCCCCACAGCUCUCUACAGCUGUUCCAAUCUCGUAUACCUCGACCUGUCCCAGAAUUACUUCCAAGGUCCUAUUCCAUCCAACAUCGACCUAAUGGCCGGUCUUCAGGUCCUGAUUCUCGCUGCCAAUAGCUUCUCGUCCGACAUCCCAGCGUCGGUCGCGAGGCUGCGGAGGCUGAGGAUCCUUCACCUUUACCAGUCCGAGUAUAACGGCACUUACCCUGAAGAGAUUUUUAGCCUCGCCGGUCUUGAAGAACUGAGGCUUGAGUCCAAUGACCAGUUCAAGCCGUCGCAGCUGCCGCGGAACUUCACUGCCUUGAAGAAGCUGCGGUACUUCUCGAUGGCGCAGACAAACCUGUACGGCGGAAUCCCUGAGACAGUCGGCAAUAUGGAGGCUCUCGAGUUCUUGAAUUUGGGGGAGAAUCUGUUGACCGGAGAAAUCCCGGGUAGCAUUUUUGCUCUGACGAACUUAAUCGAGUUGUACGUGUACACGACCAAUGUGUCCGGGUGGAUCCCUCAGUCAAUGAGCGCGGCGAACCUAAGCGUGAUCGAUCUGUCAGAUAAUAAUUUGACGGGGAACAUACCAGAAGCUUUCGGGAAGCUCAAGAAUCUAUCCAGCUUGAAUUUAGAGUUCAAUCAAUUGUCCGGGGGAAUCCCUGAAGGAAUCGGAAGUCUUCCCGCUUUGAGCGACAUCAGGCUGUCCAACAACUAUUUGUCGGGCACCAUCCCCGCCGACUUCGGCAAGUUUUCCGCACUCAGAAGAUUUGAAGUAGCCUUCAACAACUUGACUGGCGCGUUGCCAGAACAACUGUGUCACGGCGGCACGCUGUUUGGGUUGGCCGCUAUGGACAACAAUCUCGGCGGGGAGUUGCCAGGGUCUCUUGGAAAUUGCCGUACUUUGUCUAGCGCGAGAUUGAACAACAAUGGAUUCACCGGCAAUGUGCCUGGAGGACUCUGGACGUCACCAAACUUGUCAACUUUGAUCUUGAGUGGUAAUGGAUUAACUGGCAAUCUUCCCGAGGAGCUGUCCCCGAACCUCACUCGGAUCGAAAUGAGCAACAACAAAUUCUCUGGCAAGAUACCUAGCAUAUUGUCAUCCUGGAGGAACUUGGUGGUGUUUGAUGCCAGUAAUAACCUCCUCAGUGGCACUGUUCCGACUGAAUUAACCGAGCUUCCUUCUCUGACGAUGCUUUUGCUAGGUCAGAACGAGCUCUCCGGGAAUCUUCCCACAGCUAUUGUUUCGUGGAACAAAUUGAACACUCUGAAUCUUAGUCACAAUCAAUUGGCGGGACCAAUUCCUAGCAAAAUUGGUCUUCUACUGGUACUCACGCAGUUGGACCUGUCUGAAAACCAACUGUCUGGCUUGAUUCCUCCUGAAAUCGGCCAGCUGAAGCUAACCCUUCUGAAUUUAUCCUCCAAUCGCCUCAGCGGACGAAUCCCAGACGGGUUAGAGAACUACGCGUACGACUCCAGUUUCCUGAACAACCCAGGCCUCUGUGCAUCCAAUUCGUUCAUGAGGCUCAAUGUCUGCAAAUCCCAAUCCGGUAGAUCGAGCAAAAACUCGCCAGCAAAUCUCGCCUUGAUUGUGGUCUUGGCCAUCGCUGCGGCAAUAUUCGUUUUGUUGGUAGUGGUAUUCACAAUCAGAGCUUUCAGAAAGAAGGGAGAUGGGUUUGAUUCAUCUCCGAAGUUGACCCCAUUCCAAAGUUUGAAUUUUACAGAAUCAAAUGUUCUGUCGGGAUUGAAGGAGCACAAUGUGAUCGGAAGUGGUGGAUCAGGAAAAGUAUACAGAAUUAUCGUGAAUCGUUCUGGUGAUGUAGUCGCGGUGAAAAGGAUUUCAAAUAGUCGAAAAUUGGACGAGAAGCUAGAGAAGCAAUUCUUAGCAGAAGUGGAGAUACUUGGGAACAUAAGGCAUCUGAACAUCAUCAAAUUGCUGUGCUGUAUUACUUGUGAGGACUCGAAACUCGUAGUGUACGAGUACAUGGAAAAUCGCAGCUUGGACCAUUGGCUUCACAAGACGAAAAGAUCGUCACCCGUCUCGGGUGUAGCCAACAAUAUGUUCUUGGAUUGGCCCACAAGGUUACAGAUUGCGCUAGGAGCCGCUAAAGGACUUUGCUAUAUGCACAAUGAUUGUUCGCCGCCAAUCAUCCACCGAGACGUGAAAUCAAGCAACAUUCUCUUGGACUCUGAGUUCAAUGCAAAAAUUGCUGACUUUGGCCUUGCAAGGAUGUGUGCCAAGCACGGAGAAGCCGUUACGAUGACAGCUGUUGCCGGUUCUUUCGGCUACCUUGCACCAGAGUAUGCUCAUACAAGAAGAGUUAAUGAGAAGAUCGACGUUUAUAGCUUUGGAGUCGUUCUCUUGGAACUGACAACCGGGAGGGAGGCUAACGAUAGGACCCAAGACAUGUGCCUUGCGGAUUGGGCAUGGCGUCACGUCCAAGAUGGCAAGCCGAUAACUGAUGCGAUAGACAAGGAGAUCGACAAGGACUUGUACCUUGAUGAAAUAAGCAAUGUCUUUAAGCUCGGGAUCUUCUGCACCGCGACUCUGCCUUCCACGAGGCCUACGAUGAAGGAGGGACUGCAAGUGCUGCUCAAAUGUAGCGAUCCGCUUUAUGAUGUUGAGAAAAAAUCCCGCCACAAGUUCGAUGUCACCCCCCUCCUCGGAAAUUCCAAGGACGAGGAAAUGCUGCGCAGCGAUUACUGUGUUCUUGAGUGCAAUACUUACUGAUUCUUAGCAGUUAAGACAGUUGCAGAAGCUUUGGGAAGAGAUUAGGACUCCCAACUUCAAUAAAACUUCAUCCACCUAUCCUUCAGACAGACAAGCAUCAUUUGUUUGUCGAACUUUGUAUUAGUGGCCCAUACGUAAGACUAGUUUACGAAUGUAUACUACUAUAGAAUAGAUAGGAUAUGUAGAGAACAAAGUUGUGCACUUGGUGGAGAAGGUGUUGAACAAACCUGUAUCGAUUGAAGCAAUAAAAGAUCAAAGAUGAAGAGCCCGCACUCCCGCUACUUAAGACUCGCGUCAGCAAAUGAAAGCUGUCACCGUGGAGUGUCUGUGAAUAUCACCAUGGAAUGUCUGAUAUCUUGCCGCAUUCGCGUCUCAGUGAAAUUGGCAAAUCCAUUGAUUGCUUGUGAGUAAGUAAAUUUUAACUCAAGGCAGUUUCUGGGAAUUGCUAUUA